UUAGAAAAAUGAAAAACGGGAAAUUCCUUCGGGGCUGAAGAAAAUUUUGGAUAUGGACGUCUACUUAACCAAUGCUUUUGUUAAAAAAGUUGAGAAUUUCAUGCCCAUGAAGCAGCUAAAGAUGCACUAUCGUGCUCUAGAGAUAAGUGCGCAUACGAUUCCGUGGUUGGCGGGAUGGUUAGCGUUCAUAUGGAUAAUAAGCAGCAAAGAUUUGUAUCAAAUGCAAGUAAACUUGUUCAUAGGCCUCCUGAUAGACAUAGUCAACGUAGCUGUUAUAAAAGCCGCUACGAGAAGACGAAGGCCAUCAAAAAAUGAUGAUCCGUUUGGAAUGGGUCCAGAUAAAUACUCAUUUCCAUCAGGCCACGCUUCGAGAGUAGCAUUUUUAACAUAUUUCUUCAUCAACCUGUGGCCUGUUCCCAUUAUGUUCGUACCCUCGCUGCUGGCUUGGUCUACUGCAGUCUGUCUCUCACGAGUUCUGUUAAAAAGACACUACAUUUUGGAUGUUCUCGGUGGUGUGUGUCUUGGAAUUUUCCAAGGAAUUCUCCUCAGUUUGAUUUACUUAGAACGAGACACUUGUAUCAGCUUGAUUUCCUGGCUAACCGAUGAAAAACUAGAAGGAGGUGAAUUCCAUGUUUAA